AUGAAGUGGGCUACCAUCAGCACGGCUUUGCUGCCCCUGGCCGCCGCCAGCGGCUUCACCCGCCAGCAGUAUGCCUCCGGAGAGGUCAUGGAACUCAUGAUGUCCGGCAAGGAGGCUGCAUGGGCCAAGGAGCGUGCCGCCGGCAACUUUGACAACACCAGGUGGAACGGCUUCGAAAGCAAGCGCCCCACCAAGGGCAAGAUUGAGUGCAAGGACGGUCGCGUCGAGGCUGUCAAGGGUGACGCCGACCAGACGUACAAGUGCAAGAACGUCGACUUGUACGACUUCAAGACGCACGCCGAGCUCGGUGACGCUGUUGGCGAGGGCAGUGGUUCCUGGGGUUGGUCGCACCGUGGCCGUGACUUUAUUGCCAUUGGCCAGACGUACGGUGCUUCCUUUUCCGAGGUCACCAAGGAGGGCAAGCUCGAGUACCUUGGCCGUCUUCCCGCCCAGAACGACUCGGUCAUCUGGCGCGAGAUCAAGGUCUUGGGCGACUCACUCAUUGUCGGCUCCGAGGGUGUCGGCCACCACGUCCAAAUCUUCGACUUGAAGAAGCUCCUAAAGCUUACCCACAAGAAGCCCUACACCUUUGACAUUGUCAAGGACGUUGCUCUGGUCGACAUCAACCAGGGUAUCAAGGGCCGCACCCACACGGUUGUUGCCAACCAGGAGAAGAACUAUGCCGUCGCCUGCGGUGCUGGCGGCCGUCCUGGUCGUAACGACACCUGUGCUGGUGGCCCCAUGUUCAUCAACAUGGACGACCCCACCAAGCCCUACGUUGAGGGAUGCAAUGGCCAGGACGGCUACACCCACGACGCCCAGUGCAUUGUCUACCGUGGUCCUCACAAGAAGUACUACGGCCGUGACAUUUGCUACGGCUACAACGAGGACACUCUGACCAUUUACGACGUUACGAACAAGAAGGGCAUGGGCAAUGCCGGUGCCAUCAUCUCGCGCACUCCCUACGUCGGUGCUUCCUACACCCACCAGGGUUGGGUUCUCGACCCCUUCUGGCAAACCCACAUUGUCAUGGACGACGAGCUCGACGAGGGCCAGAUCGACCCCAACCGCACUGCCGUCGACUCACCUGCCAAGGAUGGUUUCGCCGUCACCUACAUUGUUGACAUCCAGAACCUCGAGAAGCCUUUUGUCAGCGGCCACUACAAGACCACUACCCGCUCCGUCGAUCACAACCAGUACGUCUACGACGGUCUUUCCUACCAGUCCAACUACCAGGCUGGUCUCCGCAUCCUCGACGUCUCCUCCAUUCCCCGUUACCCCGACGGCUCCAAGGUCAAGGAGAUUGGCUACUUUGACGUCUACCCUCCGGAUGAUGUCAAGCCCGGUGGUGGUGAUGCUCUCUGGAACGGUGGUACCUGGUCUGCCUACACCUUUGACUCUGGCUUUGUCGUCGUCAACACCAUUGACCGUGGUGUCUUUGUCGUCAAGCAGGCUGAUGUCAAGGGUCCUAAGAAGGGCAAGGGUCAGUACUGGAAGUAG